AUGACCACUACCUUUAGCACAAAUCCUGUACCUCAGACACCCAAGAGGUACAAGUGUGAAAUCUGCCAGAAGAGAUUCACUCGUCCAAGUUCAUUGACAACACACUCUUACACUCACACUGGGGAGAAACCUUUUAAAUGCCAGGUCGAAGGUUGUGGUCGUCCCUUUUCGGUCAUGAGCAACCUGCGUCGUCAUCAGAGG